CUUUUUUUUUUUACCCCAUAGAUCAUUAUUUUAUAUUGUACUGAAAUAAUCCUGUUGGUGUGACUGUAGCAUUACAGCAUUAGGAAACAGAUUUAAAGAGCGUGAGAGGAGUGGCCAAGUCACAGUCUGAAACUUCACAACUCAGCUGAAGAUUAUCUAAAACUGUCACCAUGAUGUGGACAAAAGAGCGUAGCUAUGCUGUCCUGGUCGUUGACAGCAUCACUCUGAUCACCGGUCUUCCUGCCAACCUGCUGGCUCUCUACACUUUUGUCCGAAAGGUGAAACAGCGUGCUACGCCUCUAGACGUGCUCUUGCUUAGCCUUAAUAUUUCUGAUCUCCUGUUCCUCUUGUUCCUCCCACUGCGCAUUAAAGAGGCAGCCGACAUGGAGUGGACUGUUAGCUUCUUCCUUUGUCCUCUCUCGGGUUUCAUCUACUUCAGCACCAUCCACAACAGCACCUUGCUCUUAACAGCUAUCAGUGUGGAGCGCUAUCUGGGAGUGGCCUUCCCUGUCAAAUACAAACUAAAGCGUAAUCCUCGAUAUGCCUUGAUCGCCACCAUCCUAUUCUGGUUAAUUUCCAUGGGCCAUUGUAGUAUUGUGUACAUUGUGGAGUACCAUAAAGACAGCAAUAACACCACCAAUAAGCCGACCAACAAGACUUCCUGCUACAAAGAGUUUAGCAGCGAGCAGCUGGAUCUCCUUUUACCCGUCCGUUUCGAGUUGUUCAUCGUCCUGUUCUGCAUUCCUUUUCUGAUCUGUUGCUUCUGCUACAUCAGAUUCAUCGUUAUCCUCUCUCACUUACCUAACAUCAACCCUAAGAAGCGCUCCAGGGCCAUUGGCCUUGCUGCGGUCACCCUUCUGGUUUUCAUCAUCUGCUUUGUACCAUUCAAUGUGUCCCAUGUGGUGGGUUUUGUUACAUGGAAUAGUCCUUCUUGGAGAGUCUACACAGUACUACCCAGCACCUUCAAUGCCUGCUUGGACCCCUUUGUCUUUUAUUUGUCCUCAGCAGCAGUUCGAGGAACUUUCAACCACAUAAUGCGACAAUUCCUCAACUGGCUACAGCAUUCCGUGUGUCAGAAGUUCAACUGUCAGUUAGGCCGCCCUACUGCUUACGAGGAGAGAACACAGAGUUCCAAUGAUACUUCUCACUAGAUUUGGUAUAGAUUAAGACCUGAGAGCUGAUCACAUGCUGGAGGUGUAAUGCUGGAGGUGAACAAGAAGGGCCCGUUUUUUUAAAAAAAGAAAAAGAAAAAUUUGUUAUUAAUAUUAGUUUAUAUUAUUAUAUUAUAUUUUUAUUUUAUUAAUAUUAGUAUUAUGGAACGGGAAUCCAAAAAUCAGUAUUUGUGAGCCAGCCAGGAGCGAAUCUAAAUUAACCUUGAAUAUCUGUGUUAAAAGGUAAGGCAAUCAUCAUGUAAUUACCAAUGAAAGUAAUCCCUCAGACAGAGCAGCAUGUACAAAUUAAUCUGGAUUACUGUUAUAUAGAAUCAUUAUAGUUGUGGUGAGCCAGCCAGGAGUGGACAUCUAAAUGCAUAUGAAGACACCUUAGGGUGUAAGGUACAUUCUACUCACCUACUCAGAACAGUGUAAUCCUUUAACAGCAGUAUUAGUGGAGUUAUAUACAUAUAAUAUACUGACUUUUCUUGGAAAGAAACUAAGUACUUUGAUAUUUUUGCAUUUACUUAAAAAUUUGUUUGAGGUUUGAGAGUUUUAGUUUGGAAAAUCUCUUUAUGUCUGUCUCUUGUGAUUUAUCCCUCUGAGUAUAUGAUUAUUAUUCCUGAGGGAUCAGUGUCCACGUUGAGUUUAGUAUUGCCUUCUGUUAUUCUCCGAAUCAUGACUCAACUAUCUAAGAUAGUUUCACGUCUUGCAAGCAAAGAGUGAAAAAGCUAUCAGGACCAAGUUGUCAAAGGUUAAUCACGACAGCUGUUUCAUUUAAUCAGACAGCAGGGAAAGAAUUUUGUCGGACCCUCAGUCGGAAGUGAUCAGCUGGGAAAGUGAAGUGAAACACAAAAGCACAUUUAUGACCGCAAGAAAAGACAAGGUCAGAGGAAAUGUCUCAACACUUUGUGAACUGCGGAAAGGUCAAUUGAAAAUUAAGAACGAUGGUCUGCCACACAGCACGGAAUUUGGUUGUGGUAUUUCACACAUUUGUUAUUUCCGUUUUACCUGUUGUUUAUAUUUUGUUUAUAUUUUUCGUUUAUAUCUACUUUCAAUAAGCAUAAUAUUUCUUUGAGAAAUUAUUAAAAAAAUAUAUGUCAAGCCAUUUUUGGACUGAUUUAUUUUUAAUAAAGAAUCUUUUCAUAUUAAUCUAAAAAAUCUGGAGUGGAAUCGAAAGAUUUACUGUGUUAAAAGUCACAGCAAUCACCGGUAAUAGUCAACAACAACAACAACAACAACAUGUCCCUCAGACAGGGUAAUAUGUACUUUGUAAACUUGAUGACUGCUGCAUUCAUAGAAUCAUUAUAUUAGUGGUGAGCCAGCCAGGAGUGGACAUUGAAAUCAACGUGAAAUAUCUCUGUGAAAAGAUAACCCAGAUGUCAUAUUAAGUGACAACAGACUUGAACAGGGCAAAAUGCUUAAUCUGGAUUAUUGCCAUAAUCAAAGAAUCAUUGUGUUUUUGGCAAGCCAGCCAGGAGUGUACAUCUAAAUUAACUUCUGUAUUAUUUACACAAUCAGAACAACUAGAAUAAUACAAGUGAAAUUUGACCCCAUGCAAC